AUCUCUUCUCUUUCCCUCUCUAUUUUAACUUCCUUUAUGACUGCGCCCCUAUCACCAGCAUCUAGCUCAGGGUGUGGGAGGGGAUCUGUGUGUGCUCAAGUGUGUAUUUGUGUGAGAGACUCAACUCAGGUGGGCAACUACAAGGAACCCCAGGACAUAUACUUGCAGUAGUAGUCGUCUUCUCUGAGGGGGCCCUGUAAUAACAUGGACCGUGCGUACUGAGGGCACAGACCGCACCAUGGUGGCUGAGGAGGUUAUCAUCACCCUAUCCGGAGGAGCACCAUGGGGCUUCCGACUACAGGGAGGAAUCGAGCAGCAGAAGCCUCUGCAGGUCGCCAAGGUGCGUAAGCGAAGUAAAGCAUGUCGGGCUGGACUGCGUGAGGGAGAUGAGCUGGUGUCCAUCAAUGAGAAUUCCUGUGGGGGUCUGUCGCACGCCCAGGUCAUGAACCUGAUCGACAGCAUGCCAGGAACGCUACACAUACGAGUUAAGAGGGCACCGGCUGGCUUCCAGUCGGUGGUUCUGGUUGCUCGAGCUCCUUCUCCCCGCAUUGAUAAAGAGUACCGUGCUACCCUUAGGGCCAUGUCACCAUCCAGUUCCCGACCUCACCAGUCCAGUGUGCGGCAGAUACACCAUGGAACCCUGAUGUCCCCGACUGGACGCAGUGGACUGACCUCCCCGCCGGGCAGUGAAGCCUACUAUGGAGAAACGGACAGCGAUGCAGAUGUGGCUGCUCAUGAGAGGCAACGCAAACCAAAACGACGCAGUCCCAGCAAUUCACCUGGCAAGGCUGCCCGAGCCUCACCAGAGGGAGCAGAGACUUCAGAAAUGAGUGGGUAUGACAGCGCCUCGGAUGCCCAAAUGUACAAUCUUUUGGGGCCUAAUAAGAGGGAAGACACAUUGCCUGGUGUAGCCCGCAGAGAAGUGAUUUACCAGCCCCCUGCCCAUGGAGAGUGGUCCUCACAGACCUCCACCGAGACCUCAUCCAUGAGUGCAGAUGACCAAAACCCACGAGAAGGGCUAAUAGAAGAAGACAGUGGGUUUCAGAAGCCUGCAAACGUUCCUCUUGUUUCUCCAGAGAGAGCCAAAGAAGCUCUUAUGCUGAGCUCUCGUAGUCAGUUGGUGCCCAUGGUUGGGCCAGUUGACAAUCCAGUGGAUGAGGAACUCAUAUUAACAUACAUGGAUAAAGCAAAACAAGCAAAACUGAAUCGUGGAGAGACGAUCACGGACAAACAGGUGAAAGAAGCUCGGUCCAAAUGCCGCACCAUCGCCUCACUACUGACGGAUGCACCAAACCCUCAUUCAAAGGGUGUUUUGAUGUUUAAAAAGCGCCGACAACGCUCUAAGAAAUACACACUAACCAGCUUUGGAAGUGUUGAUGAGGACAUGAGGCAAGACUCUCAAGAAGAGGAUGGCAUAUUUCCUGGCAGCGAAUCAGAAUUUGAUGAGGAAGGUUUCUCUGCUGCACCAGACCCCACAUGGGACAGUGACUAUCUUGAGAUGCUAGAGAAAAGAUCUGCUUCCAGAGGUCAGGAAGGAGAGGGUGGUGCUCUCAGCCCUGGUUUGAGUGAUACCUCUGGGAAGGGGGCACAGUUGUUUGAGCAGCAGAGGAGAAGGGCAGAGGAACAUGCAAAGAAAAUGGAAGCUGCACAAGAACAGUUACAAAGCCAAAUGCUGGGCAUUGCACUGAAAGAGACGCAAGCACUUCCUCAACUACAGACUCUGCAACCUCAACCACAACCAGACUCAUUGACAAAGCCCAAUGUCCAGCCACCACCAGUUGCUCCAAAACCUGCCAGACCUUCAAAAACACUACAUCAUGAGGUUCCACCAGCAGAAACACAAUACAUGACACAGAUGAGCACACCUCAGGCCAUCCCUGCUCUCCCUGUUAUGGUUAACAGGGAUACUAUAAGCACAAUGGUGCCAGCCCCCUCUGUGGUGCCCCAAACUAAUCCGUCAGUACCUUCUGCAGAAACUGUGAUGCCUCCACCACAAACUCCUCUACCAGAACUACCUGCCAUCUCUGUGUUAAAUAGAACUGCCCGUCCUUUUGCUCCAGGCUGCGUCACCAAUCGGGCAGCCACUGCUCCUGUCGUGUUUCGCCCUGCAGUCAGUAAGAAGACACCCAGACCUGUUUCAGUGGCUGUGCUGGUACCUUCAUUUUCUGCAGCAUCAGAAGAGCAUGCCAUGGGUGUCACCCCUGUCUCCUUUGUGAACCAAGUCACAGUGAAUCAAAUAAGUGAAGAUAUCCCUUCUGAAAUGAUACCCACACAGCCCUUUAUGCCUGGAAAGUCUGUUCCUCCACCUGCUUCUGUAUCCAUGGAAUCAUAUUCUCAACCUGCUCUUCACUGCUCCUCAGUGGAAAACAUCCAGGUUGCAUCAGUGCCACCUCCCGAAGUUCAAACCCAAGAACCCACCUUUCUUAUAAACAGCGAAACAACUGUUCCUCCUGCAAUCCCUGUUAACAACAUGGUGACCGCAGUGGCUCCUGUUAUGCCUCCUGUUACUCCUCAGACCAUAGAAAUACCAUCUCAACCCUCUUCUACUUUGAUUUCUGCAACUUCUGAGACCCCUUCAAGCUCUGUAACUUCACUGUCACCAAUAGUCUAUCGUGAUAAAACCUCUUCCACCGGUGGCCGCACUGGUAUUCUCCAAGAGGCCCGACGCCGUAGUGCGUACAAGCCAAUGUUUAAGAUACCUGACAGCAAGAAGAACUCACCAAACCCUGAACUAUUGUCUAUGGUGCAGAACCUAGACGAAAGACCCAGGUGUGUAUAUUCUGAACCUGAAAAUAUUACCCACAACAUUGACGACAACAGAACAAGGGUCCCACCGCCUGUGGCUCCUAAGCCACGGGUCAUCCCAGAAAUGUCACAGAUCCCCCAGGCAGAGGGAAAAGGUGCAGAGCUGUUUGCUCGUAGACAGAGUCGCAUGGAUUUAUUUGUUGUAGACUCUCCACAUCUGCAGCCUGCACCUCUACAACCCCAACAAUUCCAAUCAGUCAUAGACUUGAUCCAAACAACGGAACCCUCGCCAACUCCAUCCCAAUGGAAGUAUUCCCCUAAUGUUCGUGCCCCUCCACCAAUAGGUUACAACCCCUUGCUGUCUCCUUCCUGUCCUGUUGGGGUACAGCGUGGAGGUACCAAGGUGUCUGAGGGAAGUUCCAAAGGAAGUAAGGGUAGUUAUGGUGUCCCAAAAGAGGGUAUCAAGGCCUUGGACUUCAUGAGGCGGCAGCCUUACCAACUGAACUCUGCAAUGUUCAGUUUUGGUGGCGGCAUUGGCACGCAGUCUUCAAUCCCCUCCUACCAGAGGCAACAGAGGGAAGGCCACACUCUGACACCACCCAAGCAGAUCCCAGUAAAGGCGGCACGUGUGUAUGAAAUCAAACGUUUCUCCACUCCCACCCCAAUGUCAGCACCCACUCUCAAUCCCACAGUGAUUGUACCACGUUCACAGACCACCCUUGGGGAGCACAUCUCUCAUUCUGACAUGACGUCCCCUCCUCCAGAACCUGUGCCUGAAUCAACUCCAGCACCUUCACGGGCCCCAGGCCUCCCAGAGCUCCCCAAAAUUUCAACUGUGCCCAUCCCUCACCCAAUGCCGUACUCACCUCCAGCUCCCAUGUCAAGUAUGUCAAGCCUAAGCUACUCUGGGCUCCAAGCUGCCAAACAGUUUAAGAGUGCCCCUGAGUUAAGUGCCCUACCACCAAACCCCUUAAAGUCUCCAAUUCAAGUUCCCAAACCUCGCUUUAUUGCAACAAGAGUAGGUAUUCAGCCCCAUGUCUGGAGGCCUGGAACCCUACCUCACUGACAGUAUUAAUUUAUAUUUGGAAGAAGCUAAACCAUCUGCUUCUGUUCCAGGCUCAAAAUUCAUACUUUUCAAAUAUGAUCAACGUGUUAACAACUGUUUAAUAUAACUUGAAGAAACAAAGAAAUUAUAUUCUUAAUUUCAUAUGAGUAUAUUAACUUGUGCUUUGGAUCACUGGUGUAUUGUUUUGAGAGUGUUUUUCAAAACUUAACUGAAAAAUACAGAAUUUCUGCAAAAUGUUGAUCAAUAUGUUUUAAACCUCCAAUGUUAAAAAAAUGUAAAAUCAAAAUUGAAUCUACAUGCAUCCUGGUCUUACUGUGAACAAUUUAUCUAUCAGAAAAAAAAAAAAAAAAAAUUGUUUGGCUUUGUAAACUUCAAUCGAAGUGUAACUUGCUCUUCCUCUGAAAUGACUCUGCUGACGUCUCUCAGACUGUGUGGGCAAAUUGGAUAUUAACCAAUAGCCAAAUAGCUAUUAGGCAUUGUUUUAGCAAACUCACAUUCGGUCUGGCUCCCUAGUUGUAUGUAAUGCCCAUUUUUCUCAGUCCAAUCAGUUCAGUUAUGCAUUGUUUUUUUUUUUUUCUUUGUUUUUUUUUUCUCAUUGCAUAUCUUGUUUCAUUCAUACAUCAGGUUACAGCAGUAAAAAGGGUUCUAACAAGUAAAAUACAAAAUGUAAUUCUGUAAUAUUGUAAAGCUAUUGACAGUCAUGCGUCACAGAGUACUCAUUUGUCAGUGACUGCUAGACAAUAGGGUUUUGCAGUGCAGUGUUCCUAAUUUUAUAGGGAUGAAGAAAACUACAUUCUGACAUGGUGCCUAUAAAACAUUUCACAUGGAUUGGACUGAAAUAGAACAUGGAUCUGACUGAGGUAUUUUGAGAUAUUUUCUUUCAAAAUGUCUUAUUUAAGACACAUGUGUAACAUUUGACUUUUGGCACCUUUUACAUACAAAAGUGUCAUUUCUUUGCUAAACCUUGAUCUACUUGACAUUUUUAAGAAUGGAAAAGAUACCUAAGAAAAUGAGGCAAUCUUAGGUCAAUUGAAAAUGAUAUCUCUCCUGGCACAGCCUGAAUUGAACAGGUGCAUGAGGGUCACAGCCUAUUUGUAGGAGCAAAAUAAACAGAGAACCAGGCUAGUUCUUUAAAAUGUGCUCUGGCUGGAUGUGUGGUCUUCAUAUCCCAGUACUGAUAUAUUAAAUGGAUGACUAAUGAAAAUCUUGUGUUUUAAUUUUUUUUUUUUUCGGAUCGUAUUCAAGUGGUCAAAUCAGUAAGUGUUGGAAAGGUACAGUGUUGGAAAGAGUCCGAGAGACAGACAUGUAGGCUAUUUGAGCACUGAAGCAAAUCUGACGCAUGAAGACAGGCGUAAAAAGUGCAAAACUAGCACUGUCCAGGAUUAUCAGAAGGUUUAUUAGCCAACUGGCUUUACUAGAAUUAGUCAGAAUACUUAAAGCAACAUGACAUAUUUGAAUGGCAUUUGUGGCAGUGAGGCUGAUAAUUGGGGUUGUUUUUUGAAUGCGUUCCUCAAAAAUAUUGCAAUGUCUUUAGAGAAAAAAUCUGAGGCCUUGUAACAUUAAGGGAACAAUGGAUUAAGGUUAAAAGAAAGGAAAUCGGUUUAUAUUAAUGUGUGUUAGAUCUACAGAGAGGAUUAAUAAAUAAUGACUGCAGUACUGGCAGGUGAGAAUAUUUCGUUAUUAAAAUGUCUCUUUUUUUUAAAUUAUAAUUUGAAAUUGAAUAAGAAGUUGACAAAAACAGAGUAUAUUUAUCCCUGGUUUCACAGACAAGGCCUAAGCUAGUCCUAGACGAAAAUGCAUGUUUGAGCUGUUUUAACUGAAAGCAACUUGCACUGACAUAUCAUAAAAUAUGUCAGUGCCAUUAUUUUGUUUCAAGAUGCACACCAGUUUUUUUUUUCUUUUUUUUUUUUCCUAAGGCUCAAUUAUAAAAGCUACUUAAAUGUCUUAAUUGAACUAAGGCAUAAUCCUGGCUUAAUCUAAGCCCAGUCUGUGAAACCAGGCCAUGGUGUUUCAAAUCUGAGCCACAAUUUUGUUUGUCUUUCCAGUUUGUUUGUUAUGUUUUAUUUUAUAGACUAAAGUUUUACAUUGUUUAGUUCUCUUAAUUUUUGCUGUUGUACAAAUUAUUAGAUCAAUGUGUCUGUCUUUGUAAAAUCAACUUUGUGGUUAGUGUCUCUGUGGUGAUUUUGUUUUUGCAGUGCUUAUAAUGAGCUCAGCUGAACUUUAGGACAUAAGUGAUUCUAACUGAAAGUGUCAUAUACUUCUAAUACAAUCAAUAGUUUCAAUAAAACAUAUCUGAAAUUUA